UAGUGGGUUGAUUUCAUUUCAUCAUCGUUUUCUCCGUUUCACUAUUUUCCCUUUCUGUUUUCUCCUUUCUCUCUCCUCUUUCCCUUUUUCCCAAUUCCUUCAAUUUCCAAUACUACAACUUCUCCAUCAACACUCCUUCUUACCAAUUUCCCCUCUUUCUCUCUCUUAUUAAGGGUUUCGAUUGCAUUUUAGGGUUUUCGAUUUCUUCGUCGGAAAUAUGGCGAAUAGAGUAGAUCACGAAUACGAUUACCUCUUCAAGAUCGUAUUGAUCGGUGAUUCUGGUGUUGGUAAAUCUAACAUACUUUCGAGGUUUACGAGGAAUGAAUUUUGCUUGGAAUCUAAAUCCACCAUUGGUGUUGAGUUCGCCACUCGUACUCUUCAGGUAGAAGGAAAGACUGUGAAGGCGCAGAUAUGGGAUACUGCUGGUCAAGAGCGGUACCGUGCUAUCACCAGUGCUUACUACAGAGGAGCUGUUGGUGCGCUCCUUGUCUAUGAUAUAACUAAGAAACAAACAUUUGAUAAUGUCCAGAGAUGGCUUCGUGAACUAAGAGACCAUGCAGAUUCUAACAUUGUCAUCAUGAUGGCUGGAAACAAGUCAGAUUUAAAACAUCUGAGAGCUGUCGCAGAAGAGGAUGGCCAUGCAUUGGCUGAAAAGGAGGGCCUAUCUUUUCUUGAGACAUCGGCAUUGGAAGCAGUCAACGUUGAGAAGGCUUUCCAAACAAUACUAACAGAGAUUUACCAUAUAAUUAGCAAGAAAGCUUUGGCAGCACAGGAAGCUUCCAGCAACCUUCCUGGUCAAGGUACGACCAUCAAUGUUGCUGAUGCAGCUGGGAACCAGAGGAGAAUGUGCUGUAACACUUGAAGGGAUAGUCAGACGUGCAAGAGGAUGGCUAGCAAGCAUCAGGCUUUCUCCUUUCUUCUCUGUUUUCUUUUACCAAAAUUUUCCCUUAUUUUUUCAUCUUUAUUUUUUUUUGGCGGAUGAGAUUCUGUAGAAUACUUUCGAUCAUUAGUUGUGAUGAUCGACCAGCUUGUGAAAGUGAAGUACACUAGAGUUAUUCUUAUUAGCCCAGGAGGUUUCCCAUUCAUUUGUCGAUUAGUUCCGUUUCUGUUCACUUGGAUCGGAACUAACUGGUAGUGACCUACCCCAAGAAUUGAUGUCAAUGUCACUUAAUUAUUGAAGGAGGUUUGACUAGAACCUUUCCAUUACAGUGAAAAGGAAACACCAUAUCUUGUUGAAUUCUUUGGUUCCUCUGUAAUAGUUCUUCAUUACAUUUUACUUGAUGUUAUCUUUUUGUACUAUAAUUUAAUGACAGUAAUUAACAUUAUGAAUUUGGUAAGAUUUUUUGC